AUGGUCGUGUCGACUGAGCGGGCGGCCCUUAUUGCAAGACUGAGCGGCUUUCACGAUUUUGCAUUGCGGCUUCCAGGCUUCUCUAUUGAGGAUCGCGCCGCGUCUUCUGCAGUUGGCUCGAAAGGAGGCAAUGACGACGUAGGACACAAACACUGCCAGUCCCCUGAGCAACCACGACCGCCAGAACCGCCGCUGGCCCUACCGCCGCCGCAGCAGCAAUCGGGGAAUCCGCGGAGGCCAGCAGUUCUCUUCCCCGCCCCCCUCGUGCCAGCUCAACAAUGCAAGGCAGUGCGCUCUCCUAAUCCAUACGAUGCCUCGAUGGCCCGCGAGGUGGGCAACACCAGCGUGAUGAGUGUUCUGUCAGUGACGUCUCGUAGACACAGCAAUGAUGAAGGUAGUUCAGAGAGGAACCGCGAUGGCAUGGAGGGCGAGAAGGAGCGCCCGUCGACGGCGCCGACUGCCGAGCCACCGCGCGUGAACGACACCUCUCGCUGUUUCAACCCUACGCCUGACACAGAGGCGCCGCCAGGUGUGACCGCCGCCUUUCACCGGUAUCUGGAGCAGACCCGCCGCAUGAUUCUCUACGCCGACAGCAGUGAAGCCGAUCGCGCCGUAGAGCUUGACGGGCUGCUGAUGCGCUUCCAUGAGCUCUUUGACCUAGUGAGGGACAUGUACGCCGUGGUGUACGUGCAGGGCAUUGCCAUUGACCGCAAGCGUUUUUCAAUGGUGAAGGUGCUACCGUACGACGAAGUCUCCACCUCGUCAGCGUCAGAGGGUUCUUACAAGGUUUCCCCCUUCACGUCGACGUCUGUGUCGUCCACAUCGAGGGCCCCGGAGAAGGCCGUAUUGAAGACCCGAGGAGGGACAGGUAGCACCAAAGGCGCGCUGUUAUCAUCCAAGACGCAGCCGUCGAACUCACAGCUGCCUCCUCUCAGCUGGAGGCCGUUAGCGGCUGUUACCGCAGCGCGCUCGCAGGACGCCUUCGAGCGGGGCCGCCGCACCAGUGCGAGCAGCUGCAGCAGUAGCGUGGCGUGCAUCGAGGUGCUGAACAACUACUACGUGACGCGGCUGAUCGGUGUCGGGGCGACGGGGCGCGUGCAUCUGGCAGUGGACAAGCAGACCUGUAAGACGUUCGCCAUCAAAACUGUACCGCGGCACAGCCGCAAGGCCGUCGGUCGCCGCUUUCCGCUGGCAUCGAUGAGCACAUCGGACAGCGAGGGGCAACAGCUGGGCCGCCCCCGACUAGGGGCCGUGGACGUCGAUGGCGCCGCUGCUUAUGCGGGUGGUAACACCACCUCCAACACCCCUCCUACUCUUGUGCGUCCCUUCUCAAUGGCCGUUGCCUCAGCGCGUCCACUUAUGCGGCAGGGAAACGCAGGCGACAGCAUGGAUGCUUGCCUGCGUGAUGCCGCGCUCGAGUCUCUCAUUCAGGUACCCACGGUGACCCGUCCGAGUGACACCGUGAUCCCGCUUGUGGAGAACGUGACUGCGGCCUUCUCGGCUAUGGUGUCCGGCAGCGGCAACGGCGAAGCCCCCUGCACAACCAAGAGGCCAACAUCGCGAAUGGGCUCCGGCAAGCACCUGAACGACUUCUGCUCACCUACCUGUACGGGCGACACCGGGCGUCAUACAGCCGCGGUGAGGUCGACGAACGUGAGUGAGAGCGUUAGCGGCGGCAGCUUCGCCAAGUCUGUCCAGUCUACACCUUCAAGUGAACUGCCGCCGGUGGAGCGGGAGAUUCGCGUUAUGCGGCGUGUGUGCAAGCACCCGCACGUGGCGCAGCUCAAGGAAGUGAUCGACGACGAGGAAGAGGAUUCGGUGCAUCUCGUCAUGUCAUACGCUGAGAAGGGUCCGCUCACCGUGAUGCACGCGUUUGACACCGUCCUCGGCUGCGCACCGUGCGACGUCGUGCGGCCCUUCUCACGAUGCGUUCGCCUGCUGUACCAACUCGCCGAGGCCCUCAUCUACGUGCACCGUCACCGAAUUGUUCACAACGACGUGAAGCCGGACAACAUCCUCCUCACUGAGGCCGACAACAUCCUUCUCACAGAUUUUGGUGAGAGCGUGCUGAUUUCGAAGAAUCCGCCACAGCUGCCGGGGUCGCACAUGUUCGUCGGUGCGGCUGGAGGAGAGGGACUUAACGCAAGUGUCCUGGUGCCACAUAACCGCUGGAAGUCGUCUCGUGGUGCCAAUGACAGUUGGGCAACAAUGAGCAUCGUGGAUCGCUUGCCUUGGGGCCCUGGCGUGGCGGGGCACAACGCGAACACAUCGCAGAUGAUGACAGAAACAUCGUUCCUCCCUGAGUCGUCCAUGUUCCUGGCCGCCGGUGUCGAUGUGGAGGGGCGUCUGAAAGGGAACCGGUUAGCCAUUGGCACUCCCGCCUUCGCGGCCCCAGAGCUGAUCAUGAGCAGCACCUGCAGCUACGACUCCGACGCCUGGUCUUAUGGAGUGGUGCUCUACUCCGUCAUCUUCGGACGCUUGCCGUUUGCUGCGGCGACGAUCAGCGAUACGUUCGACGCGAUCCUGAAUUCAUCACUGUUGUUUCCGGCUUUGGAGGCAAUCCCGCAGAGGGUUGGGAUGACUGUGACGGCGUACGAUCAGUGGGUGGAGUUGUGCAGGAAGCUGCUGGUGCGAGAACCGCAGCAACGACUCGCGCUUUCAGCAGUGCUGCAGCACCCUCUGUUCCGCACAGCAUCGACCCUGGGCACAAAGUCAUCCACCUCCACUACAGGUGGCACCGCGGUGCCCCUCGGUCAACGCCCACCGAGCAGGCUUUAUAGUGACUUGUCUUCGGCGUCCACCCUACGGCGGUCGAACCGCAGCAGCCAAGUUUUGCGGUCGGUGUCUGGCAGAGAUGGCUCGCCGUUGAUGUCUAGGGCGGUGCGCACCACCAUGCCACCAGAGAUGUCCCGAGAGGCUGCUGCUGCUUCAGCGAGCCGGCGAUUCAGCAUGGAGGGGUCUACUUCGCCGCCGUUCGCGAUAGGUAGCGUCGCGCAAGACGCCAUGUCUGAGCGCCAUCGACCGCAGACCGUCGCGAGCGACAGCCAGACGUCCUCUGUGUUUGCCAGCUCCGGCACCUCGACGGUUUCGCUGAGCCCACCGGCUACCACCGUCGUCUUCGGACGCCGUUCCAAGCCGAUCCUGGCGGGUGACGUGGCGCCGCAGACGUGGCGGGAGAUGCGACCCGUAUCAGCGGCCCGCCCUGAAUGCCAGUACGCCUCGCAGUCGUUCUCGCCAGCGGGCCAAUACUCAUUCUACGGCGCUUCAAGUGUGCACACAGCUUCCUUCACGGUCGCUGAACAGCGGGGCAGGCGUCGGGAGCACACGCUGGUGUACAACCAGUGCCUCUCCAGCCAGAGCAGCAGCGUCACCGAAAGUGCGAUUAACGAGUCCCUCUUCUCAGCAUCGACCCCAUUCAAGGAGUCACCCCCAGAUCGCAUUGUAACUCCAGGAAUGCAGCUUACAAGUUGCGCUGACUUCACCUCCCCACUGCCGUGUCCCCUCACGCGAGCCGGCAGCAACACUCCCGACCUCGGCGCAGGGGAAAAUGAGAGGAGCCAGCAACAUCAGAUCGGCAAAGAGGGAUCAAGCAGCCCUAAUGGCACUGGAGCCACCACUACUCUGGCAGUUGUUGCUGCGCCAGCGCCUCCAACCUCACCACCGGCGACGUCUUCAGCAGGGCGGCCGCGCUCCUUCGCAGCGACGAGGAGGACACGUGAGGGCAGGGCGGCUCUGACACCAUAUGUUGAACGUCGGUGCAACGGGGAGGUGUCGCGUGAGGUCCAGGGUAGCUGUAUCACCGACCUCGACUAUUUCUCGUGCUGGGACUCCUCCGUGAGCGAGGCAGCCGACAGCGGUGGAGGCGAGGACGAGGAGCUGCGGCGGACGAUACACGAUCGAGUGUCGCAACGGCUGAAGCCGCCCCUGCAGCUGUCAUGUACGGACUCGUGUGGCUCUUUGAAUAGUGUGGAGCCUCUGGUGUCUGUGCAGGAAGUGGCUGCACAGCAUGGGAAGCAGAAGGACAGGCGUGAGUGUGUACACCUAGUGCCCGGUUUUCCUAAUGGUGACUCGACCAUCGUGCUUGGAAGCCCGGGUAACUGCACCGCUGCAUUAGGUUUGUUGCGGAAAGCGCGCGAGGCGGAGUCGCCUGCGCAACGGCGGGACCCAAAGUCGUCGCCGCCGUCGGAGGAUCUGAAGCUGGGCGGCGCUGGUCGUGGUCGCACCUCACCAUGCCAACCACUGCACAAGUCGACGUCUGAGCUACCCCCUGCACUGACGAGAAGAUUGCAGUUUUGGCGUCAUCGCUAA